AUGCCUGUUCCCAGAAUUUCAUACCCAUCUCAUCGUGUAUCGCAACUUGAUGCUAGUAUCCUAGAUGACGAACUUUUCUCGCUUUUGAAGCAGCAGUUGUCUGAUUCCUUCCUGUUGAUCUCGAGUCAGCCAUGGUCGUACAAUCUGCAUCCAGAGCUUUGGUCUCUUAUUCUCAAACUAGUCAUAUUUAAACUCACAACGCUCAAAACUGGCUCAUCAUAUGGCUUCAAGCUUCAGAAUCUAAAGUUGUCACAGAAAGAUUCAGGCAGGGUUAUAGGCAACCACAUGCGGUAUAUUUUGUUGGCCACAAUUCUUGGUGAGUACAUAGUCAAAAAAGUACAAUCAUACAUAUUCUCUCUUGAGAAACUCAGCUAUCGUCCCCAGACAUUGAUUGAAAGGGUCAAAAAUGCGCUUUAUCCAUACAAAACGAAUAUCAUAAAGGCUUCGGGGGAUACGAUUCAAGUUUUGGAGUUGCUCAAUUUCGUUUCAUUUUUGGUGUUUGGGCGCUAUCCAAACUUGAUCUAUAGAGCUUUAGGGAUAACUGUUACUCCCAUAGUAGCUGACUUGCUCAAGUUCAAUGGGUCAAAUGUGAAUUUCGAAUUUCAGAACCGUCAAUUGAUUUGGAAUGUCAUGACCGAGUUCUUGGUUUUCAUACUACCCUUGUUGCAGUUCAGAAAGCUGAUGAGAAUGUUACGUUCCUUUUUACCAAAGAAAGGAAACGGUCACCGUUUUCAUGGGUAUUCAGAAUCACCAAUCACAACAAAUUUUACCUCGCUACCUAUUUCACAGUGUGCAAUGUGCAUUGAAACCACUGAAGCAAGAGGAAUCAAAGCUGCAAGUACAGUCAUCACCAAUCCUUGUGUCACCAACUGCAAUCACAUUUUUUGCUACAUUUGUCUAGCAACAAGACUUAACGCUAUUGAAAACGGGAAUGAACGCGCAGAAGGAUGUCCUAGGUGUCGUCUCAGAAUCACAUCUUUCAAACAGUACGGUGUAGAGCUGGGAAAUGUUGAUAAAAGCGCAAUUAUGGUGGAGUACGAUGAGGCUGGAAGUGAAGGAAGUGAGGCCGAAGAAGAUUAUCAAGAUGCUGUUCAGCUGAAUACAUCUGCAGAUUAUCUGGAUGCGCAUACCGAGCAGUCGAGCGAAUCUGAACAACCAUUUGAAUCACACUCACCAGAUUAUAGCGAACACGAGGAUUUGGAGGAAGAGGGCGAAUACUCGGAUGACUUUGACAGCGGGGCUAAAGACGACUGGGAAGACGGGGUAGUGAUGUAG